AUGGAAGAGAACGUUAGUCUUUCCACAAGUGCAGGUGGUAGUAAUGACAUUGGUCAAGGUGAUUCAACACAUGGUGAUGAUCGUCAGACUAGCCAUGACGAUGAUGUUAGUGUCAUUCCUCAAGGAACACAUGGUGGUGAGACUUUCACAAUGGACAAUCCAUCAUCAUCUGACGUAGUGCUACAGCAGACUGGCCACGACGCUGGUGUUAGUGUCGUUCCUCAAGGAACACAAGGUGACGAGACUUUCACAAUGGACAAUCCAUCAUCAGCUGACGUUGUGCUACAGCAGACUAGCCAUGACGAUGAUGUGAGUGUCGUUCCUCAAGGAACACAUGGUGGUGAGACUUUCACAAUGGACAAUCCAUCAUCAGCUGACGUAGUGCUACAGCAGACUGGCCACGACGCUGGUGUUAGUGUCGUUCCUCAAGGAACACAUGGUGGUGAGACUUUCUCUAUGGACAUGGUAGCAGCAACAGAAAUAGUGGAGCGUCAGGUCCGGUCUGGAAAUGGUGCCAUGGCUGUUUCCGAGAGAAGAGAGAGACAGGCAGUAUCAACCAGAAUCACUGCAGGUCCUGACUUUAAAGGCAUCAUUGUACAAGACUCCUCCGAUGUCAAUCUGUCUCUAGGAGGUCAGAAUGCUGGAAUAAUGACGUCAGAUUUAUUUGAGAUCAACCUGAAACGAGUGAAAGACGUCUUUGUCAAAACUGCCAACUACAAGAGAGUGAAGGAGCAGCUGGAGAAGUAUGGCCACGUGACAAUAAGUGGUGCUUCUGGUGAAGGGAAAACUUCCAUUGCUUUAAUGGUAGGAGCAGAUCUCAGAAAACAUGGAUAUGAACUGGUAUUUGUUGAUGAUGUGGACAAAUUCAACCUUGAGAACUGUGAACUGCGUGGAAAGAAAGUGUGUUUGAUACUAGAUGAUAUAUAUGGAACAGUUGGCUUAUCAACUGAUGUGCCACAUCUUAAGUCCAUUUUACAAAACCUGAAACAUUAUUUACAGGAUGGUAAAUCUACCAAGGGUGACCUACCGGAAACUAGACCAACCACUGACUCAUUUAUCCGUGUUAUUUUCACCACCAAAUCAUAUAACUUGGAAGCUGGAAUUGCAGAGCUGGACGGCCAAGAGUUUUACUUUUUCUCAGAGUUCUUUCGAGAACCUUUAUUUUAUCUUCGGAGAGAACUUAAGACAAUUAUGAAACGCAAAAAUAACCAGUCAGCCGCCUUCAUCCUGAUGCUGCUGUGUGAAAAUAAUCUGAACUUGAGCCAGGUGGAAAUGGAAUCUGAAAAUGAAAUUUUGGAAGCUCAUUUGCAGGCUGUAAAUAGUGUGGUGACAAUUACUUCACGGACUGCAGUCGCGGAAGCAGCAAGAUGUUACAGAGGUACAUUUUUCACGGAGGGAGAUAUCAUUGGAUUUUCACAUCCUACUAUUUAUGAUGCCUGUGCGUGUGCCCUAUUUAAUAUGAAUCCGUCCUUUGUCCUGAAACACUGCAGUAUAAGAUUCCUUUAUGAGCGUGUACAACCACAGCAAGUCGAGUCCACCGCAAUAGAUAAUCACCUGCACAUCAUCUUCGUCUCGAGUGUCUACAAUGACGCAAUCGCCUCCAGACUGGCCGAGGCUAUCGCCAAAGGCAACUACAGUAUGUCUAUUACACAUCCUAUCUUGAAGAAAGAACAAAUAGUUGACAAAGUGUUCCAGAAGCUUAAACUGAGAAAAUCAAAUACAUGGGAACGUUGGCUAAAUACAGAAGACAAUAAACGUCUCCAAAUGUUACAUGCAAAGGAAGAAGAGAAGCACUUACUUUUCUGGGCAGUUCAUGCACAGAGUCUGUACUUGGUUGAGCGAAUCAUUGAAGUUGGAUACCAUUUUUCAGACGAAGAGAUCAUCGAAGCCUUUGAGGCCUGUGCUUCUUGUGGGAACGAAUCAGUGUUGUUGCUUUUAUCUUCUAACUAUAGGAGAUGGUUGCAUCAAAGUGUGCUCAAUAAAGCUCUAGUGAUUGCCACAGAACACAACUAUAAGGGGGUUGUAUCAGCCUUACUUGAACUUGGAGCUGAUGUCUUUAAAUCAACAAAUCAUGAUGAAGAAAAUGUCUUUCAAAUUGUGAACACAAAAGGGUACAAUCAACUUGGAAGAGAAGUUUUGAAUUUCGUCUUGAAAGGAUUACCUAUCACAGAACUGUCUGGAGACUUCGACUUUCAGAUAGCGGCUGACGCAGCUUUACGACAUGCCUGUACAACAGGAGAUGUACAACGUCUAAAAUUAUUCCUGCCUAUAGCUGACAUAAAUGCAAGAGAUUUUACAGGCAACACAUUUUCCAUGUAUGCAUGUUCACACGGGUACAAUGACGUGUCCAAUCUGUUUCAGUCACAUGGAGUUGACAUCACACUGAUAGAUAACUACGAUGACACACAACUGCCAUGUCAUGCAGAACAUCUACUGCCAUUUUUUAAUAUUCGGGGCCCUCUUGGCUGGACAGGAGUAAUGAUUGCAGCUGCCUGUGCAAAGAAGGAUGUUUACGACCUGCUUGUGUCAAAAGGAGCUGAUCUCAGACUGCCAGCUGAAAACAAUAACACUGUAUUUCAUCUUGCAUGUAAAGGUGGAAACAGGUACAUUUUGGAACACCUACUGCCAUCAUUUGACAUUGAUAGUCAGGGACAAAAUGGCUGGACAGCAGUGAUGAAUGCAGCUUUCUGUGCAAAGAAGGAUGUUUUCGACCUGCUUGUGUCAAAGGGAGCUGAUCUGGCACUGAAAGAUGACCGCAAUAACACUGUACUUCCUUUGGCAUGUCAAGGUGGAAAUAGGUCCAUUGUAGAACAUCUACUGCCUUUAUUUGACAUUGAUAGUCGGGGACAAAAUGUCUGGACAGCAGUGAUGAAUGCAGCUUUCUUCGCAAAGAAGGAUGUUUUCGACCUGCUUGUGUCAAGGGAGCUGAUCUGGCACUGA